AUGGCCGACAUUAAUCAACUUAUCUCUCAAGCUGAAAACUACUUCAAUCAAGGUGAUCAUGGACAAGCUGUCUCUUCCUUAACUGAUGCUGUUAAGGCUAAUCCAGACAAUCAACAAAUGUCUUCUAUUGAAUCCCUAAUUGGGAAAAUCGCGAAUUAUAUCAUGGGUAAUCAAUCUAAUGAUUCUAAUUCUCGUGGUAUUAGCGAUAUGUUUAUGAGUACCUUACAAGCUAAUAACAAUGGUUCUACUCAAUCUCAGUUAGGUAAAUUGGCUCUGUUGUCUACUGUCUUAUCUGGUGGUAACAGUAAUAGAAAUAAUAGCAGCAAUGGAUUUGAUUUAAACUCUGUUAUGUCCAUGUUAGGUGGUAGUAACAAUAACAAUGGUGGUAAUGGUGCCAUGGGCAGUGGUGGUUUAGCUUCUUUGGCUUCCCAAUUUUUUGGUAGUCAAGGUCAAGGUCAAAACCAAAACCAAAACCAAGGUCAAGGUCAAGGUCAAUCUUCCUUUAGUUCUUUAGCUUCUGCAGCUUCCUCAUUUUUAGGUCAUAAGAAUAGUAACCAAAAUCAACAACAAAGCAAUAAUAACAAUAAUUCUGGUUCCUAUGGUAAUGACAACUAUGGUUCUAACAACAACGACAAUAACAACUCCUACGGUAACAAUACUGAUAGCUAUGGAUCCAAGAAGAACUCCAGUUCCUACGAUAAUAACGAUGACAACUAUGGUUCUAACAACAAUAACUCUAGCUCUUAUGGUAACAAUGAUGACAACUAUGGAUCUAAGAAGAACUCAAGUUACGGUAAUGAUAACGAUGACAACUAUGGCUCCAAGAAGAAUUCUAGUUACGGUAACAACGAUGACAACUACGGUUCUAACAAUGACAACUACGGUUCCAAGAAGAAUUCUAGUUACGGUAACAACGAUGACAACUAUGGUUCUAACAAUGAUAGUUAUGGAUCUAAGAAGAACUCAAAUUAUGGUAAUAAUGAUGAUGAUUACAGCUCCAAUAACAACAACAACUCUAGCUCUUAUGGCAGAAACGAUGAUGACAAUUAUGGCUCUAACAACAAAACCUCUAACUCCUACGGUAGAAAUGAUGACGAUAGAUAUGGUAAUGACAGCUACGGUUCAAACAACAAUGACUCUUAUGGUAAUUCUAACAAGAAUAAUAAAUAUGGUUCUAACAACAGUGAUAAUUACCGUAAUGAUAACGAUAACGACUAUGGUUCUGCUUCAAACCAAUCUGGAAACAAUGGACAAAGUGGUCAUCAAGAAAGUUCAUUUUCCAAGUUGGCUAACAUGGCUAGCUCUUAUCUAAGCAACCAAAACCAAGGUCAAGGUCAAGGUCAAAAUCAAAAUCAAGGACAAGAUCAAGGUGGUAUUGGCUCUACCAUUGCUUCAAUGGCUAACAUGUAUAUUUCUGGAAACAAACAAAACCAGAACCAAAACCAAAACAACUAUGACAACUACUAG